AUGGCUCAGAGUGUUGAUGCCGGCGAAGUGACCACAGACAACCAGCAGUAUGCCUCGUCUGUGCAGGUCUGCAACGGCAGCAUGAACGAGGGCCGUCAAACAGCGUCAGUAUCCCAGGAGGACUCCCGUCUCCGUGCUGAGCGCCUUCGGACUUUCACCGAGGACACGAGUGGCAUCAACGACCGCUUCAUGGCCAUUGCCAAUGCCCCUAACAAUGCGGGCGGCACUGCUCCCUAG